UUUGAUAAAUAAAAGAGGAAAAUGAUUUAAAAAGAAGGAAGUAGAGAAAAAGAAAAAGAUGAGGUGUUGGUUUUCCAACGUUGUCAUCCCAACAGUAACACACACACACACAACGCCAUUUUACAAGGCGAUUGUCCCCUCCGUCUCAGCCAGAUCUCUACCACGGCGGCGCCGCCUCGAAGAAGAAGUAACGACCAACCACCAAGUUGGGGAAUCGAAUCGAAAUUCAAUAUCAAAAGAGAUUAGUGGGUCAGAUGUACUUUGGGCAUUGCAGAGAGCAAGUAGUCGUAAGAAAAUGAUGAAGAACAAUAAGAAAGAGCAUGAGCGUGGAAGGGAUUCAUCCUCUGCGGUUAGUCGCAUGGAAGAAACUUGUGUGGACUACACCAAUGUUCGCCCACUCUGCAUAAACGACCAUUGGGGUCCCAAAUUGGAUGAGUUGGAAAAUCGACUUCGUGAACUUUCAGAUACCGUUUGAUUUCAGCCUUUUUAUUUUACACACAUUUGUCACUAAUCAUUUAUAUACGUGUGUGUAGGUAUGUCUCUAUUUGAAAAGUCACUACUUCCAAUAUUUUAUUUACAUAUAAUCCCUAUCUGCUUUGCCCAUGUUUUCCUCUUAGAUUGGAUUUAUAGCUCUAUUCUUGGCUUUGACUAGGAAAAGCUGUUGACGAAUAAUGCCUUUUGCUGUCCUAAAUUUGUAAGAAAAACCUUUGAUUUUAUCAGUUUAGGAAUAAAAUAUGCAUGUGUCAUAGUACAAUAAAACCAUUCUGCUGUUGUUAUGUUACUCAACAUCUUGAAUUUUAUCUUGUCUA